UCCACAGAGUCCCUCGGGAGGGUAACGUGGUCGCGCUUCUAAAUACAGUUUGUGAAAAUAUAUCGACAAUAAUGGAUCGAUUCACUUUGGCCGCCGUCGUUGCGACAGUUGUACUUUUUCAAAGUUCCUCCAACUUUGCGACACCUUUAUUAAGAGACGUUUCCAUGCCGGAGGAGUGCGCGAAUAAGAACUUCUGUACGCAUAAACACGAAGACUAUCCGGAGGAACUCAUUGAAGGACUACUUAAAGACAUUGAAAAGUAUCUCGACCACCCCCCUGAGUUUGUAUCUCGCAGAAUUGCACUUAAUGAUUUGGACACAAACGACGAAUGUGAUUCCAGUUCUCAUACCUUACCGAUUUACCAAAUUAGGGACAAUAAUAACAAAACUCGAUUUGUGGUCCAAUCAGAGGAGAAGUUCAAGCAAAUCAUUAGGAUCGAAGAGUGCAAGGAGCCGGGUAGGUUGACAAGAGCAACUAGGAAUCUAGCCGAACUGGUAGUGAACGACACGCAACUAAUGUGCGUCGAAUGUAAGCUCGACUACAAGUUCCUGGUCUUGGGCUUGAACAGAACGUCGCUAGAAGCCGUGAACGUGCAGGGCGGCUUGCCGGUCGGCUGCUCGUGUAAAUUACAAGAAUAGAAAUAAAUAGAACUUGGAAGAAGUGCGACGUGACACAAUUCUGAGCACGGUCGCUGCUGCAGACUGGAUUUGUAGACAAUAUACAUAAAAUAUAAGAUCGCAGAUGUAAGCUUAUAUCCAGGCAACAUUGAAGUAUAAAGUCGUAGUAACCGUCGGAGUCGUCUGCAGACUUAUUUGGAAUUGUACCUUAACUCUUAAUGUGAUAAGUUAAAACAAUAAUGUAGCAGUGUCCAAGUAGACGCUGUAUUGUUUGAGGCGGGCCUUAAACUUUGAUAAUUAUUUAUUUAUAUUUUUAAUUAAAUUAUGAAUGAAAAGCGGCGAUAGCCUUAUUGGGAAUAAAACGAACUGCCUUAACGAAGGUUCGCAGUUUCAAACUCCAAGUCACACUCUGACUAUAUUCUAAGUUAUGUGAUUGUGUUUUAACAAUAAUCGCUCGUGGUAGAUGUGACACGUGCAUAGCAUUAGGUCAGUACUCAGAAUAUUAAGUAUAAUGUAACAAGACUGGUGUUAUUAUUAAUUUAUUUAUUGUAAAGUGUGUAGUAAUUAUGCAAGAAAAUGUAAUGUUACCAGGAAUAUUUGAGAUAAAUUAUAUUGAACAAUGUAAGAAAUAAAACUAUCAAAAGAUUA